AUGGAAUCCAACAACCUACCUUUAAAUCCACCAUUCACUUUCAAUGGUGAAAAUUACCAAAUCUGGUCUGUGAAGAUGCAAGCUUUUUUGGAAACCUAUGAACUUUGGGAAAUUGUGACGGAAGAUAAACCUCUUGAUGCUUUACCAGCAAAUCCUACCUUGGAUCAGAUCAAAUUCAACAUCCAAGAGAAGGCAAAUAAAUCUAAAGCCAUGUUGCUUAUGCAGAAUGUUGUGGCAGAUACUGUGUUAUACAAAAUUCUGGCUUGCAAAACUGCAAAAGAGGCUUGGGAUAGGUUGAAAGAAGAAUAUCAAGGCAACAACAGAACAUGUCAAAUGCAAGUUUUGAACCUGAAAAGAGAACUUCUUGGUGAAGAAUUUACAGAUAAACGUAUUGUGGAGAAAGUUGUUAUGACUCUUCCUCAGAGAUUUGAAUCUAAGAUUACCUAUCUUGAAGAAUCCAAGGACCUGAGCAAACUUUCAUUAGGUGAACUAAUGAGUGCUCUACAAUCACAAAAACAAAGGAGGACUAUGAGACAGGAAACGUUCAUUGAAGGAGCUUUCUCUGUACAAAAGCAAAAAGGAAAGAAACAAUUCCACCAAAAGAAUAAGGGCAAGCAUGAUGGAGGAAACAAUAGUGGAGAUGUGAAGCAGAACUUGCCUCCUUGCAAACAUUGUAAAAGAAAUACACAUCUGGAGAAGUAUUGUUGGUCGAGAGUCAAUGAUAUAUGCGGCAACUGUAAGCAGAAGGGACACGUAUCCAAGGUCUUCAAAUCAAGAGCAAAGGACUGUGGUGCUUUGCAAUGA